AUGGCAGCUUUGCUCGCAGCGCCACCACGGACACCGAGCCCAAAGGUCCGCAUACGCUCACAGUCAUUUUCCUUCGACUCACCGUCAUCAAUCACCAGACUCAAUGCAUCAACUCCCAUCGACGACUCACCAUAUUCAAAAUCAACCGGUAGCAUCAACAUCACGAAGGCAAUACCCCAACACCACGUCCUACUACCACUCAAGACCAAAAUGAGCUACGAGUCCAUGUCAGACUCUUCCAGCGCCAUGUCGAUAUCCCCCGCAAGCUCCCCAACCAAAUCUGAAUAUGAAACGCGUCUGCAGGAUUUACCAGAGGGAAACCUUCUCGGCCUAUUCGAGAAUACACGUGCACCCCGUCCCUCAGACGCACUGUACUCGCAUCCACCAACCAGCAAGAGAAUUCGCCUGUCCCCGCCACACAUCACCUUGCCCCCUCCGUCGGAAGAUAUGUCUGACGUUGGACCUAUUUCGCCGUUCGCUUUCCAGGAUACUAGUUUCCCCAUGACGGACCCUUGGCUUGUUCGCGUGGUUCUGGACUUGAAUGAUGUUCGUGGCGUGAGCUGGAUGGACAUCAGUGGUGUGAUUGGGAGGGUGUACAAAGUGCAAACGGGAAGUGCAGAGGUGCUUGAGAUUCUGAGUGGGAAUGGAAGGGUGAGGAGAAUGUGGUGGGAUUGA